GCAAAAUUCAAACUAUUCCCCUACCAAUUCCAUCAAGCUGUUAUAAAAAACGUAAGAAAAAAGUCAAAUUGCAAAACUCUUACAAAACACUAAAACCAAAUCUCUCUCGUAAAAAAACCUCCUUCAUAAAAUGGCAGCCUCCACAAGCGCUUCCACCACUUGCAAAACCCACCGACUGAUCACCCCGCCGCUUCCAAAACCCUACUCCUCCUCCCAAUUGUCCUUCAAGUUCCACAAAUUUACCCCCCGUGCCACCACCCCUUCUUCCAUCUCCUGCACCCUCACCCGAGAUUCAGCCCCUCUUCAGAUGGAGGACAAGCACGAAAAUGGGUCCUUACCGGUUCUGCCCCGACCCGAUUCCUUCGGCCGGUUCGGUAAGUAUGGCGGCAAGUACGUCCCCGAAACCCUAAUGCAUGCCCUCACCGAGCUCGAGGCUGCUUUUCAUGCUCUUGCUAAUGACGAGGACUUUCAGAAAGAAUUGAAUGGCAUUUUGAAGGACUAUGUUGGCAGGGAGACUCCUCUCUACUUUGCAGAGCGGCUAACUGAGCACUACAAACGCCCUAAUGGUGAAGGGCCUCACAUUUAUCUGAAGAGGGAAGAUCUUAACCAUACUGGGGCCCAUAAGAUCAACAAUGCCGUUGCCCAAGCCUUACUUGCUAAGAAAUUGGGAAAGAAACGCAUUAUUGCUGAAACUGGAGCGGGUCAACAUGGAGUUGCCACUGCCACUGUUUGUGCUCGGUUUGGAUUGCAGUGUAUCAUCUACAUGGGUGCCCAAGAUAUGGAAAGGCAAUCCCUCAAUGUUUUCAGAAUGCGGCUUCUUGGAGCAGAGGUUAGACCAGUCCAUUCUGGGACAGCUACAUUGAAGGAUGCUACUUCAGAAGCUAUAAGGGACUGGGUAACUAAUGUAGAGACAACUCAUUAUAUUUUGGGUUCCGUUGCUGGCCCACAUCCAUACCCUAUGAUGGUUCGGGAUUUCCACAAGGUGAUUGGUAGAGAAACAAGAAAACAGGCACUGGAAAAGUGGGGAGGGAAACCAGAUGUGCUGGUAGCUUGUGUUGGUGGGGGUUCAAAUGCCAUGGGACUUUUCCAUGAGUUUGUCGAAGACAAAGAUGUUCGAUUGAUUGGGGUGGAGGCUGCAGGCUUUGGAUUGGACAGUGGAAAGCAUGCUGCAACUUUGACAAAAGGGGAAGUUGGGGUCUUGCAUGGAGCUAUGAGCUACUUAUUGCAGGAUGAUGAUGGACAAAUUAUUGAGCCUCAUUCUAUAAGUGCAGGCCUGGAUUACCCCGGAGUUGGUCCAGAGCACAGUUUUCUGAAAGACACACAGCGUGCUGAAUACUAUAGCAUUACUGAUGAAGAAGCCUUGGAAGCUUUUAAACGAUUGUCAAGACUGGAGGGAAUAAUUCCAGCUUUGGAGACUUCUCAUGCACUGGCCUACUUAGAGAAGCUGUGCCCUACACUCCCCGACGGGGCCAAGGUUGUGCUUAACUGCAGUGGCAGAGGGGAUAAGGAUGUUCACACUGCCAUCAAGCACUUGAAGGUCUGAUGCCACCAUGAUUGAGCAAAACCAAAGGAUCGUCUCUCUCCAGAAAGCUAAAGGAAGGAACCAUAGGAAAUAAAUUUUAUUAUUUCCAUAAUGUGUCUAUUAAAUCACCCGUUAUAGAGCAAGUUUGGAAAUGCAAUUUGCUGAUAGGUCAAGGAUGGCUCCAACGAAUAAAAGCGGAAUACCAGUUUUUGUAAUGAUGCAAGUUUCUUCGUUUUUCCUGUAUAAUGUAACUUUAUGAAUUUCAAUGAGGAGACUGCAAAUCUAGUUAUAUCUGAAUAUUUAUGAUGGAUCGCUAUUGCGAAGGCUUUGCUCAA